CUACCCUUGAGAUGCCACAGCGUUGCCAGUCGUCCUGAUCGAGACAGGUUGAUGGUGUAUUUUUUUUUAUUUUUUAUUUUUUUUUACUUUCUUGGUGUUUUGGGGUCGCUGGGAUGUGGACCACACAUGGCUUGGCCUUCCGUUGCUGGAGCCGGUCCCCCCUCCUCGCUGGAGAUAUAACAUCCACGACGCGCCGCCCCGAGGCUCGUCAACUGGCCCGGAUCCCCAAUCUCACCUCGUCUCGUCAAAGAGCCUUUCGCCUACAACACCACCACACCAGACACCCGGCUCUUACCCCCAGUCAGUCAGUGUUACUUCCACCCACUCCACGACCACUCUCGUCCCAUCGCAACGCCCCAGCCCGGCCUCGCCAGUCAGACGGUCCAUACACAAAGACAAGGUAGUAGCUCGUACCCACCUAUAUACGAUACCACUUAGACGCCUCCCAACCCACUCCCCUCGCCGCAUCGCUUUCCUGGGCUUCCCCACAACAACCGCCCACCGCACCCGCAAUGGAAGACUACGGCAGCGUCGUCGACGUUCCUUCUCCCUCCAACUCGCU